AGUAGCGUCCUGGUGUGCGUGCUGGGAGGGCGACGGCCGGACCGCGCAGCGUACGACGAGCGGUGUGGACCGGAGGAGCGGUGACGAGUCGCUCUGGAGCUUUCGGAGGGAGUGGUGACCCCACAGUGCCUGUGUGGUAGUGUUGUGGGAAUGCCACUUUCGGGACGAGCUCGAUCAGAGUGAACGGAAUAGUUGAGACAGACGCGAAGUGGAGAGUUAGCGCGAUAUUUGGGGACACGGAUACGGGAGCACACUCGGAAAAGAGAGGGGCCCCUCCGAAGACGCUCACUGAGCUGGAGUGAUAGUGAGGACAAAAGGUCGCCCUAACAGCGCAGGACCCGCCGGAACUCGAUUACUUCCGGUGACGUUCACUGAUCAAAGCUGCGCUUUAAAUUGUGAUCCGCGUGUUUCAACCGUGAGGACGAUUCUAACGGAAUCUGUGACGCUGACGGCGCGAUGGUGCGAGGCUCCUACGGUGGUCGGUGGGACCUCCGUGCCUGACUUCCUACCGUUCUAGUCGCGUUUUUGUCGCCACUCGGCAGCUGCUGACUCGGCAGAAUCAUGGAGGCCAAACUGAUGACGGAGCUGGACCGGGCGCUGCGCCGGUGGCAGCGGGCCGCGCCGGCCGACUCUGAGGGCGCCGCGGUGGCCCCGGCGCGGCGGCGCGCGCGCUGUCGGCCCCGGCCGCGUCACCAGCGUCUAGCGUGGCACCUCUGGCGCCAGCUGCACCGGCGACUGUGUCGACGCCAGGCGGCCAGGCAGCAGCGACGCCAGGCGCAGGCGCACCAGCAGACUCGGUGCGUCUGGGGCAACUGCAGUCCUCCCCCGUGGCCCCUGAGCCUCACCUCCGACUACCACAGUGACGGCCGCGAGACACCGGCCACCGGCCGCUCCGCCACCCUCCCUCCUCCGGCCGACGCCAGCCUCAGUUCCGCCUACUCGUGGGACGUCCAGCCGAGCCCGCGCUCCCUGCCCUCCUCGCCACCGCAGGAGAGGGACCAGGAGAGUCCCGCGGCGCGCUCCGACGGCUCUUCCUCCUCGUCUGCCUGGAGCAGUGUUCACGAGAGUGACUGCGAGUGCUCGCUGCAGCUGAGUGCGCUCGCAGUGGGAAGUGUCGGUCAGGGUGCGAGGCGCAGGUCGGUGCCGGAGCGCGUCUGCCGCCGGCGCAGGACACACGCGCGGCGCGAGACGCGGUGGCCACGGUGCGAUACGAGUAGAUACGACGGGUACCGAUCCUCCGACGAAGAUAUGGACGCCGAACGAGGACCGCUCCCGGCGAGUUUUCGCCACCUGAAAACGCCGGUGAGCUUCUCGAUGUCAUCCCUGCAGCCUGCCGGGUUCCACACUCCGGAGACGGCGGCCGUGCGGCUGCGAGCCGACCGACCCUACAACAGCCUCUGCAGGAAACGGAAGGAGCGCAGCACGGCUGACCCGUCCCACCGACAGUCGUGGGGCAGUGAGGUCAGCAAAGACUCCUUCUGGGAGGCACUCGAGCCCAGCUACGCCUUCCUCAUGGCCGACCAGCUUAUCGAGUCCUGCAAGGAGGCCAGCGGCGACCUGACCUGGGACGCCACCGACGUACCGGGCAUGGACUCGACGUGGUCAUACGGCGAGUUCAUGGAUCAGUACAACGAGCUCUACCAGUGGCUGAACGAGAUCCAGGUGGUCAUCUACAGCUCGCCCAAGAACAUCACCGAUCGCAGACUUCGCGAGUCUCACAUGGAGGAGAUUCAGCGCAAGUCGUACCGUCGCACCCUGCUGGCGGAGCAGAGCUGCCGACUCCAGAGGCGGCAGCCGGAGCUCCGAGAGGAGGUCCAGUGGAGGCUGGCUCACCUGACGGCCAAGUGGGACACCCUGCUGCAGUGUGUGCGGCCGCCGUCCCCGCCCCCCGCGGGGCACACCGCAGACCCGGACAUCGCCGAUAUUGGGCCAGACAUCGCUCACGAGGUGCGGUGUCUGGAGCAGUGGUUCCACCACAUGGACGGUCAGCUGGGGCCCAUCAGCUUCAGACUCGACCUCAGGUCAACGCAGGAGGCCACCGACAAACUCAAACAGUAUCAGGCGCUCCACGACGAGGUCAAGUCGCACCAGCGGAUCGUGUCGGGUGUGUGUCGCCUCUGCGUCCAACUGGCAGAGGAGGGUGGCCGCAGGCGACUGGUGCGCGUGGCAGAGCGACUCGACACCUCCUGGCAGCAGAUCUACCUGCGCGCCUACGAGUGGACCUGCCACCUCGAGGGGCUGCUCGAACAGUUCAAACAGGGUACCCUGCCGAAGGUCGAGGACGGCUACUCCGCGGACGAAGACGAACGGGAGCCACUCAGCAAGGUCCGACGACUGGGAAACUGUGACGAGGCGCAGAGCGUGCACUCCGACACCGGGUCCUUCUUCGAGGACGACUACCUGCCGAGUGUGUCCGGUAUGAGGGUGCUGGAGCAGGCGGCGCCCGCCAGUGGGCCCGCGUCACCGGCCAAAAGCAUGGAGCGAGAGGUGCUCGACCGCGGCUACUCCUCCGAAAACUCCGGCCAGUCGAGCGACUCGAGCGAGGGCGCCGGCGGCGUGCCGCUCUCGUGCGGCGUCCGCCGCGCCGCCGUCAACACCUCCAACGUCCGACUCGAGAUCGUCACCGCCGACGGCGCCGUCUCGGACGACGCCGACGACGGUUGCCGUGGCGACGAGUCGGCGUCGCGACCGCCAGGCGGCAGCAGCGUCGCCGGCGGCGGUUCCGACGCCGACGGCGAUCAGUUCAGCUCGCCGCAGCGUCCGGCCGACAACUGCGCCACGUUCUACUUCCGACACAGCGACACUGAGUCGGAGCGGGCGCCGCGCGCGCGCCGGCCCGACCCGCUCAGUUCGGACCUCGAGUACGCCAGUCCGGCCUGGCCCGAGAGCGACUCAGACUGGCUCAACAACUCGGGACUGGACGACAGUGACCUGGAGCAGAUCGGAUUCGCCACGGCAGUGGAGAUCCUCUCGGAGCUGGGCGAGCGGGACGCUGCCGUGGCUACGGACGUGGAGCCGGGGUCGGGCGCGGCGGCGGCCGCGGGCCAGGCCGGCCGGCCGCCGCCCCCGCCGCCCUGUGACAGCGAGAUCCACCGCCUGGUGGAGCGGGCCGAGAGUCUGGUGCGCGCUGACCUGCGCCGCAGCCUGCCGCCGCUCGAGCUCGACCGCCAGGUGAAGGCCAAGGGACGGCGUGUGCGCGAGUGGCUGAGACGGCAGCACGGACGGCGAGCCUGUGAACCGGCCGGAGCGGCGGCGGGAGCAGCAGCGGCCGCCGUGGACGUCAGUGGACAGGUGACGGACAGCAGCUGCGAUGCCAGCGGCGAGUACACCACCGGCGAGUCGGACGGAGACGAGGGAGCCUCCUCGGCCUCUGAGGACCUCACCUGCAGCAUGAUCACGUGCCACGAGCUGGCCACGCCCACCGCCGGCGCCAGUCCGCCGGCAGCCGGCCCCGCACUCCUGGAUAUGACGACCACGCCCAAGGUCGUUCUCCGGAGUAAGAAGCGCCGCUCCAACGAGCGUCCGUGGAGUCUGCACGGCCUGACGUCGGCCGGCCGGCUGCGUCCGGCGGCUCUGUCCGUGUCCGAGACGGCCCUCAAUGAGAUGCUGACACCCACCAACGAGAAGGGAGUCACUUCGAGUUCCAGCAACACCACCGUGUCAGCCGGCGCCGUGCCCAAGAUGCUGCCCAACUCUGCCUCGUUCGACUCGCCGUUCUGGGGCGCCCGGCGCCGCUCCCGUCCGCACCGUCACUCGGCCACUCGCAGCUCGGGCAGCGAGGGCUCCGGGUCAUCCCCGACCCACCGGCGCCGCCGCAGUCUCCGCUCCUCGGGCAGCGAGGGCGAGCGAGGCAGGGUUCCUGGAAUGUCCGCCGCUGAAUCUCACCGGAGUUCGAUGCUGUCCUGUACGACGGAGGCCACCCUGGUCGAGGUGGAGGUCUCCCCUCGCACGGUGUCGGACGCCUCGCCCCGCGACCCACCGGAGGAGGUCAGCUCCGUGUCGGAGCAGGCCUGGGACACGUACCAGGAGCUGAAGGAGGUGACGGAGCUGGGUUCGGAGGGCUCGGUGGACCCGGACGCGGUCCGUCGCCUGCUCGAUUGUGACGACUACCGCCGCUUCAUCGACUCGCACUCAGACUGUGCCUCGUCACAAGUCAGCAGCGUGCGGGGUCACACACGGUCACCGGCCAAACGCAGCCGCAGAAAGCCGCGGGCGCCAACCGACUCUCUGGACUCUGACUCCGACUGCGAUGAGCUGCAGUCGAUCCUGGCCGAGUCGCGCGACAACCUGACGGUGGUUCAGGCAGAACUGGAGCGACGUGCCGCCGAUCCGGACGCCACCUAUUCGAGUAUCCUGGCCACGUGUCGCUCCGAGCUGAGUCGUCUGGAGCAGGUCCGGAUUCUGGUGAACCCCCUCGGUCUCAGUCACGACCCCGCGUCGGCCUGCUACCGCACAGAGGUCGCCGAGGUCACAGACGUGAUCCAGCGGUGGGAGGCGCUGCGCUCAGCGGCCAUGGAGCGCCAGCAGAGCGCCGACAACCUGAUCGCCCUCCAGGAGAGAACCCGAUCCUUCCGACACGCCCUGCGGAGCCUGGACGAACGCGUCACGCGCGCCUCCACAAAGGUCGAGAGCGUCGACGAGCUGCAGGCCCACAUCAGCGCCCUCCAGGCGCUGCAGGCCGAGCUGGCCGACCGGCGAAGGGAGCUGGUGGCCGUCAAUACCGACGUACACGGCUUCGUGACCUCUGGCGGCUCUCCCUCCCUCAAAGAGGACAUCGCCACUCUGUACCGACUCUGGGACGAGAUCAACCACAGGGCCCGUUCUCAGCUGGAGCAGCUCAGCGCGCUCCAGUGCACGUGGCGUCAGUUCCAGGCGGCGCGGGCCGAGCUCACAGCCGUGCUCGAGGGAGACCGGCUGAAGCUGGGUCUGCUGCGAGAGGCGCUGCUGACAGGAGGCGAUGUCGGCAGUCGGGUCCAGGAUGUGGCGCGGGUGCUGACUGAGAGGUCGGCACGACUGCCCACAGAGACGGCAGAGUCCGCCGCCGCGGCUGCUCCCGGCAGUGCGGAGGAGGAUAAGUCUGCGUCGCUGCCGGACCCGCUGUCGACCCCGUCGCUGGACGAGCUCUCCGAGGGCACCUCCGGCUACGACAGCGCCUGCUCGGACGACCUCAGUGAGCGCGAGCGGCGGCUGGGGCGGCUGAGGAGGAUGGCACGGGACCUGGAGGCGCUGGUCAGCCCGGCCAGUCCCGCCUGGAACGACAUCGAAACGACGCUGUCCUCGGCGACCAGCGAACUGCGCGACCUGCAGCAGUCGUGUCGGGACCUGGUCAUCAAGACCACGUGCCAGUACCAGCCCGGAGAUGAGGGCGACUGCUCCGCCGCCGACAGCACCGCGCUCAGGAGGAAGAGCUACUCGGCGUCCCGCCGGGAGCUGUCGGCCGCCGGUACGGCCCGCUCGGGCGGCGGCCGGCGCGGCUGGCUGUGGCGGGUGUUACGCGCCGCGCUGCCCUUCCAGCUGGCGCUGAUGCUCUGCUUCUGCGUGGCCUGCCUGCUGGAGCCGCACUGCUGUGAUAACCUCAACAACCUGAGCAUGUCGCUGACGCCCCAGCUGCGCUAUAUGCGCGGCCCGCCGCCCAUCUGAGCCGCCCCCGAGGGGUGGCCCCGGCGCGGGCGGCCGACAGGCCGAGUUUUGGUGCUAGUCAGAGACUGUGGCCCGCAGCGGCCGGAGGGUUUUGGGUGGUCGACCGGCGACCUGGACCUGAAGAUACCGACAGAACAGAGGUGUACGUACAAUGUACGUCCGUCGCUCGGCCCCGGGGAUGGACCAGCGCAGUGAAAUGACCAGUGUCAAAUCCAAGGGGAAAGGGUCGGGGUGUGUCAAUUUGUGGGUGUUUUUAGCGGGUUGUGAAACGAAAUGUUGAUAAUGAUGGUUGACGAGAUCAUGGAUGAUGUGAUGACGAGAUAUGGAUGCGCUUUUCGGUCCUUUUCCAUGUUUGUCAUGCCUCUGUUGAUUGGAUCUGUGCUUUUAGUGAAUCACUUUUGUUGCAUGGUGUGUAAGUGUUCUGGAAUGCGUACUUGUGAGCGGAAUGUAUCGUUUAGAAAGCCUUUUGCCUACGGAAGGCGACCAAGUGCCACAGCAGAUUGACCUGACCCGAACGUGACCUGUGUGCCCCUCGGGGGCUACACCAGCCUCCGCCAGCAGUGGCGGACCCUCACCGAUCGACGUACCAUCGUCCCGAGACCCGCGGUCCUGGAGGCCGGCCGCUGGGCCGCGGCCACCGCCGUCCGCGCGCCGGCCGCCCAGACCGCUGUAUAGACUAACUGUAAGGCGUAGCCGAUAAUGAGCGAUAGGUUAAGACGAGUCUCGGCCGCGGCCGGUCCUUGAAGAGGAGGGAGACCCACGGCUCGGCCCGUCCACCGCUGGCCGCGCGCCGAUAGAAUAAGGGAGCUCGGCCGCGCGCUGCACCAACCGUCCACGCCCCGUCUGUCUGUCUGUCUGCCGUGUGUGCCGCCGUCAGUGACUACUCGCGAGUGUGCCUUACGGGAGCGGCGUGCCGCCGUGGGCGCCGCCGCGCCGCUUGUAAGUACUUCGCAGCGCUUGGUUUGGUGUCGGGGACGCGGGCGCGGCGCCGGCUUCUGUCUAACGCUUCGAGGGCGGCGCCCCACGGCAGCGACGGCCUGCGUGUAGUGCAGAGAGACCCCCGCUUCGAGAGAGAGACAGCAGUCCCGUCCGAAAACUACUGCCAUGACCGACGGGUCGCACGCGGCACGCGCAAUCAAUUCGUAGUCUCAUCGACGAAACCGAUCGCUGAAAUUCGUACAAAGCAUAUCCCGGCUAUUUGUUGGUGUGUGGAGCGAUUUCGACUGGUCGGCGCACCUUGGGCAGGCGCGAAUCAGGAAGGUUCAACGAAGUGGGCGCCAUCAUUGUAUACGGGAAUCGUAUGAAUAUUAAUUAUGUUGGGUCAGCGACGGAUUGCUUCUGUUGCCGGCCGCGGGAUGAAACUGUGUAAUAUGUCUUUAUAUGUUUAUAGACGACGUAAGCCGGUGUGCGGCCUCUGCCGCAGUGUAGGUUCUUGGUAACUUUAAAUACACACCGCUGAAAAUCGGA